CCCGACAUCCAAAACAACACCCCGUUUUUGAGGCCGAUAUCUCAAGCCGAACUACUUCAAGCCGAGAAUCAAGAUUUAUCAUCAUCGGAUUCAUCAGCAACCAUCAUAAAUCAAUGGCGCCAUGUCAACAGCCCCUCUCCUCUUACGCCUAAACGGUCGCCCUCAAGCCUGCGAUCCAUGUCGAGCGCGGAAAGUCGCAUGCGACCACGUCCAGCCGACCUGUUCACGCUGCAAAAAGCGGCACGAAACCUGCGUCUACACCGUUUCGGGGGCCACAGUUAAGAAACAACGGCUUCGGUCCCCUGUUCGCACCGAACAUCCACCUCAACCACAGAGCACUAAUACUGCUGACUCGACGCCUUCACCCGCGGUGGCACCAGGAUAUCUCGGCUUCACCAGUCACAAUGCUGUCUUUGAAGAAACCCGCAACAGCCUCUCCCUCGUCCACGGUCCCCCAGUGGAAGUUGAGCCGAGGGCGCCGAGGGGUAGAAGUGUGAUUGACCUCCCGUCUCACUUGAGGGAUAUGAGUCUUUAUGUUCUUCGGUGUUUGCCUCAAUCUCAGCAUGAUGUUAUGGCGCAUAGACUUCACUGUCUCACAGACGGAUGGAUCUUCAGAACGAUUCAGGAUGUUAUAGACACGCUUCAUAAAGACUGGGGACGAUAUCUCACGUCGCGAGAUGAUGCGGACCUUGAUGUGGUGGCGCGUCAUGUAAGCCAUAACACGGCGAGGCCUUUUCGCGAUGAACAUUCGAGUGCGAAGGCUUGGACCGAUCAGUUCAAGGGGAGUAAUAUUCGGUGGGAGUCGAUUGGAUUGAUCUGGACGUACUGGGAUGGCUCGCCGAGCUUCGAUGCGCCAGUUGUGGUGAAGUGUUUGGGGUAUUGCAUUGAACUUGCUCGACAUUUCACACCUGGGAAUGACAUUAUGCUGUAUCUUUGCUACCGACGAGUCACCACUGAAUCUCUCGUCUCAGGCGACGCAGGAUUAACAUGCUGGCGGUACUUUGCAGAGACCGUCGCACUCCUCACGUUCCUUGGUAGACAUGUCGGAUCAGAAGACACAAACUACAUCCCCUCUCUCUGCUCCGAGCACAGACGUCGCAUAACAGCUCGCGUCUUCAACGUCGACAAAGUUCUCGUCUCCUUCACAGGCCGUCCGCCGCUCCUCAGUCGCCGCUUCUUCUCAUCCCCUCUACCACUCGAUCUUACAGACUUGGAUCUUCAGUCUGACCAAGCUACUGUGAGACAUGCAGUGCAAGAGUUAGACGCCAAUGGCUUUCGUCACGUAGGUGAUCUGAAAGGAUCGUCUAUGGUUAGGGCGCGUGCGCAGAUUGCUUAUAUAAAGGAUGAACUCCUCGAGAUUGCACUUGCCAAUAGUGUCAAGGUCACAUUUGAGAGGCUAACUGAGAUCAAGACUCGCGCUGAAAGGACGUAUGAGAGGUUCCCAGCGAAUCUUAUCCAUCGACCCGACGAACUCGACGAUCCAGACUGUGAUGUCCAAAAAGUAUACUCACGGAUUCUUAUUCGACUAGAACACAUGCAGAAUCUCUUUUUUGUGGAGAGACUGUUACUUCGACUGGGUCACAUCGAUGAAAACCGGUUACUCCCGAUUAGUUUUGAGAUGGUCACUUUAACGCUUCUCUUCUGGACACAUCAAGAUCGCUUCUCCGGCAUGAGACGAGACUUUGAAUGGCUCGUAAGUCAAAUUGUCCAAUAUCACACUCCAUCUCUUUAACAAGUCCAGCUCAUGGCCUUCGCCGCCCCCGGAGGCGGUAUUCUCUGCCUCGAACUCCUCCGCCCAACAUUCCGCGGCACCCAUCCCGACUGUCCCAAACUAAGCCGUUCUGCCAUAAUCCAAAAACUCAGUCUUCUAAUCGGAUUCCUCGACUGGGUCCGUCCACCCGCUCCCAACGCCGAUCUCUGCGCGGACUGCAAAGCUGUUAUACAAGGUGUACUCGAUCACAACCUCAAUGCGCCUAUUGCAGGUGGAGGAGCGCUGGAUACGCUAGGUUGGGAUAUUCCGACGCAGUUGGACUUUAAUUUUGAUCUUUUGGAU